CCCACCUGUGAGAGGAAAAUGAAAGUGAAAUAAGGAGCCGGAGCUGAGUCCGCUGAAAAAGUCCCCUUGAGGUCUUCACAGCAUUGCUUAACGAGAACAUCACCCUUAUGGCCACAGCAAUGCCCCUAGCAAUGAUGUGGGAUGAGGUCACAUGCCCCAUCUGCCUAGAUCCCUUUGUGGGUCCUGUGAGCAUCGAAUGCGGCCACAGCUUCUGCCGGGAAUGCAUCUCUCAAUUUGGAAAAGGUGGGGGCAGUGUCUGUCCUGUGUGCCGGUGCCACUUUCUGCUCAGGAACCUCCGGCCCAAUCAUCAGGUAGCCAACAUGCUGGAAAACCUUAGAAAAAUGAGCCAGGACACUAAGGAGGACACCCCAGGGGCACGGUGUGCAGUGCAUAGAGAAAAGCUUCACCUGUUCUGUGAGGAAGAUGGGAAGUUGCUUUGCUGUGUGUGUGCCCAAUCUCGUAAACACCGUGACCACGCCAUGGUUCCUAUUGAUGAGGCUGCUCAGGAAUACCAGGAGAAGCUCCAGGUGGCAUUGGAAAAACUGAGAAAAAAACAAGAGAUAGCUGAGAAGUUGGAAAUGGAGGUUGCGAUGAAGAGAGAUGACUGGAAGAGGAAGGUUCAGAUACAGAAAUCCACAAUUCAUGACGAGUUUGUGAAGCAGAAAAACUUCCUGGUUGAAGAGGAACAGAGACAGCUGCAGGAGCUGGAGAAGGAUGAGAGGGAACAGCUGAGACUCCUGGGGAACAAACAGGCUAAGCUGACCCAGCAGAGUCAGGCCCUGCAGAAGCUGAUCUCAGAGGUGGAGCACAGGAGCCGCAGCUCAGCACUGGAGCUGCUGCAGGAGGUGAAAAUUGUCCUGAAAAGGAGUGAGUCCUGGAACCUGAAGGACCUGGAUACUGUCUCCCCAAACCUGAGGAGUAUGUGCCAUGUGCCAGGGCAGAAGAAGAUGCUGAGGACAUAUGGAGUGCACAUCACUCUGGAUCCAAACACAGCCAACCCGUGGCUCAUCCUUUCUGAGAACCGGAAACAAGUGAGACUGGGAAACACUCAGCAGAAGGUGUCUAAGAAUGAAGAGAGAUUUGAUAAUUAUCCCAUGGUCCUGAGUGCCGAAUCUUUCCACUCUGGAAAACGUUACUGGGAGGUAGAUGUGACUGGAAAGGAGGCCUGGGACCUGGGGGUUUGUAGCGAUUCGGCACAGAGGAAGGGGCUUUUUCUACUCAGCUCUGACAGUGGCUUCUGGACAAUUGGGUUGUGGAGCAAACACAGAUAUGAGGCUAGCACGUACCCCUUGACGCCCCUCCACCUUCAGGUGCCUCCAUGCCGAGUUGGGAUUUUCCUAGACUAUGAGGCCGGCACUGUCUCCUUCUACAACAUCACUGACCAUGGCUCCCUCAUCUUCAUCUUCUCUGGAUGUGCCUUCACUGGACCUCUACGGGCCUUCUUCAGUACUGGUUUUAAUGACAAUGGAGGAAACGCAGCCCCUCUGACCGUCUGUCCAGUAAAGAUUGAAUAGUAGGGACCCACUGACUGUUGAUGGAGCUCUCUGGGCACUGCCACCCUCCCCAUUGGAACCCUUUCUCAUCCUCAGACACUGCCUUUUUCCCAUGAGCUGUGAACCACAUUUGUCUCUACAGAGGCAUAGGAUGCCAGCCAGCAGGCUUUAGUGGCAAGGUCUCUUCAACACCAAUAUUCCUGCCCCAGAUUGCUUUCUGAUUCCCUCCAGGGAAGCACACUCCUUAUAUGUGGCCCAAAUUCAUCUGGAUCGACCAAAAAUAUGAUUCUUCCUUCUU